AUGGCGAUGGCGGAGAAUUACAUCGAAGACGAUACGGAGAAUAUUGCCAAAUACGAGUAUAAUGACCAUUGUCAAAGUUCAAAGAUUCUUCUACAAAUUACAAUAGCUCCACCAUUCUCCAAAGUGCUCUUGAGAUUACUUUGCAUGCUAAUCUGUUCCAAAGAGAAGGACAAAUAUAAUUCCUCUCCUUCAUACCGUUUUCAGAGAUUAGAUAUGGCUGAAAUUCUUGUAAGCGCUCUAAGCGAGGCCUUAAUUGCUAAGCUGGUUGCCUUUGCCUCUGAUAGGAUUUCUCUUGAUUGGGGCGUCCGAGAUGAAAUGUCAACACUUCAAAGAACUUUACGCAACAUUCAAGCUGUGUUAACUGAUGCAGAGAGGCAACAAGUAGAGAAAGACACAGUCAAGUGUUGGCUGGAAAAUCUUAAAGAUGUAGCCUGCGAAGCGGAAGACAUACUAGAUAAAUUCGAGUACAAAGCUCUAGCACAUAGACUGGAAAUCGAAGUUUGCAGACAAGACAAGAUCAAAAACUUCUUCUCGGUGUCAAUUCCACUUGGAUUUCGUUGGAAGAUGGCUCAUAAAAUUAAAAACCUUAGGGAAAUGUUGGAUCAAGUGUCAAUGGAUAAAGACAGAUUCAGUUUUGAUGUUUCUAACAGUACUAGUGGUAGUAGUCGUCAUAGAAACCGAGAAACUCACUCGCUCGUCGAUGCUUCAAUGUUUGUUGGAAGAGAAAAGGAUAUAUCAAGGAUAAUUAAUUUGUUGCUGGACAAGUCAUCCAGUAAUCAACAUACUUAUCGAUAUGUUCUCAUUGUUGCAAUGGGAGGGGUUGGCAAAACUACACUGGCUAAAGUAAUCUAUGACGAUGAUAUUGUAAAACACCAUUUCGAGAUAAGAAUGUGGGUAUGUGUAUCACAAAACUCAAACCAGAAGCAGGUAGUCAAUCAGCUUUUGGAAUCCAUUCAUGAAGAGAGAAAAGAACUUUCAAGUUUGGAUGUCAUGAUCAAACUUCUCCAAGAAAAGCUCAUUAAAAAAAGAUAUUUGAUAGUACUCGACGAUAUGUGGAACAAUGAGCACAAUGAAUGGGAUGAUAUGCUCACUACUUUGUCUCUCAUUGGCGCUCAAGGCAGCAAAGUGAUCAUAACUACAAGAAGUAAUGAAGUCGCGUCCGCAACGAGUUCCUUAUACAGGUAUAGUUUGGACCGCUUGUCUGAGGUAGAGUGUUGGACUAUGUUAGAGAAAAUAGUAUUUGGGCACGAUGGAGUAGAGAAGACCACAAACUUUGUGAAUAUCGGAAUGAGCAUCGCUAAAAAGUGUGGAGGAGUGCCAUUAGCAACAAAGUUUCUUGGGAGUUUGAUGUACUCCAAAAGGAGUGAACGUGAGUGGCUAUCGAUCGAAAACAACAACAUAUGGGAUCUACCCGAAAGCGAAUUGAAGAUUGCAAGGGUAUUGAAGUUGAGCUAUGAUCGUCUUGAACCACGUUUAAAACAAUGCUUUAGAUAUUGCUCUCUUUUCCCAAAAGAUCACAUCAUCAACAGAGAAAAUAUUAUCCGGCUCUGGAUGGCAGAAGGGUUCGUUAGCUCUUCAAGACCAAAUGUUCAAAUGGAAGACGUGGGUGAUAAUUAUUUUAACAGUUUGUUGAGUAAUUCGUUCUUCCAGGAGGAGACAAAAAAUGAGUUUGGAAUCGUAAAAUCAUGUAAAAUGCAUGAUUUUGUACACGAUCUCGCACAAUCUGUUGCUAAGACUGAAUGUUCGAUAAUAACUUCUAGCGAGAUGGUUGGAGAGGAAAUCAGUAGAUAUCGCCGUGUGAACUUGGUACUUGGGAAUGAGUCCUCACGAUUGCCAAAGCCCUUGCGCAAGGUAAAGAAACUGCGGACAUUCAUAUCCACUGCACGGAAUUCUAUUGACAAUACCUCCGCAUUGCACAUUUUCAAAAGCUUCAGUUACGUACGUGUACUGGACUUGAGCUAUAGUCGGAUCUAUGAUUUACCAUUAUCAAUUGGCAAGUUAAAACACUUGAGGUAUCUCAAUCUCUCAGACUCCAAGUUAAGGGAAUUACCAAACUCUAUCACUAUUCUUUAUAAUCUGCAGACAUUGAUUCUAAAAGAUUGUUAUGAGCUUAAAGAUCUUCCUCAGGACAUGAAAAAGUUAAUUAAGCUAAGACAUCUUAUAAUCAACGUAGGAUGUGGUUUUUGGAACAUUCCUCCGAUGCCAGAAAAGGUAAGCUCUUUAAGUUCCCUCACUUACUUACCGGUAUUUGUUGUUGGUGAUGGAUCUCUAUUUGGUAUUAAAGAGUUGGGAGGCCUAAAUCUCCUUGGUGGUAAGUUAAAAGUUCUUCAUUUGAAAAAUGUUCGCGAUAGAGAAGAAGCCGAAGGAGGGCGUCUAAAAGAAAAACCAAACAUUUUAAGCUUGAAGUUACAUUGGAGAAAUGGUGAAAGUUUUAGUGAUGUCUAUAAAAAACGGAUAGCUCUUAUUGAUGAUUCUGAAGUCAAGGAUUAUGGCCAUGAUUUUGGAGUGUUAGAAGGCCUCGAACCUAAUCGAAAUCUUAAAAGGUUUGGAAUCUACAACUACCUUGGUGCAACAUUCCCCACUUGGGUGAUGAGCUUGAAGAAUUCACUUCCCAAUUUGGUGCAUGUCGUUCUAAAAAACUGCAAGAAAUGUGAAUAUCUUCCCCCGCUCGGUAUACUUCCUUUUCUUAAGGUUCUAAGAAUAGAGGGAUUUGAAUCUGUGAAAAGCAUUGGAAAUGAGUUCUAUGGUAAUAGCGAUGGCCGUGUGUCUUCAUUUCCUUGUCUGGAAGAUCUCUCAAUAAUUUGCAUGGAUCACUUGGUAGAAUGGUCGGAUGCAGUUUCAUCGACUUCAAGUACUUCAAGUUUUCCUCGCCUCGAGCGGUUGAAAGUCACUUACUGCCCCAAGUUUACCUGCAUGCCAACCCGAUUUCCAUCUCUAAAAGCAGUUUAUUUUUGUAGAUGCAAUGGAAAAACAAUUAGUUCAUUGGUGGAAAGCAAUCUGUCAUCUCUUAUCAACAUCUAUAUUAAGUUAUGUGACGGGCUUGUGUUUCUUCCUCAAGCAUUGCUUAGAGGAAGUGGCAUUCUUUACUUUCUUCAAGUUGAGAGUUGUGAGUCAUUUCAAGGAUUUAUUCCCGACCGGAAUCUUGAGGACGAGGAUGUGAAAGCAAUUCGAAAUCAAGUCAUUACUAAUAAUUCUCUACAUGUGUUGAAAAUCUGUCACCUUAGAAGCCAAAAGUGUACGCUCAGCAGUAUAGGAUACCUCCCCAAACUUGAAACUCUGGAGAUUGGUCCAUUUACAGAAGAGCCGGACUUCUUUCCGUUUCCAGAUGUCAAUGUUGACGAUGAAGGAACUGUAAUUGGCGAAUACUUUCCAUCACUCCGCAAACUAUCUAUUACCGGAUGGUCAGGAGUUAGUCUUCCGGAUCACAUUCAACACAUCACUUCCUUACAGACACUGGAGAUAUGUUGUUUUGAUUCUCUGGUGACUCUGCCCGAGUGGUUGGGUGACUAUGCUUGUCUCAGGGAGAUGGUAAUAUCAGAGUGUAAAAAUCUCAAGUAUCUUCCUUCAGAGGAGCAGAUGCAACGCCUCGCCUCCCUAAAACAACUAUCUGUUUUUAAGAGUCCAAUUAUGAAGGAUAGAUGCAUAAAAGAAGGAGAAGAGUUUUACAAGAUAUCCCACCUUCCUCCAGUUAGAUUCUGACUAAGAUGAGGUUCGUAAUCAAAUUCCCAUGUCUUAUUAGUAGAUUAUUUAAUUAAUGUAUAUAUUGUUCCCGAUGUUGUAAAUAAUUAUUCGGUGGAUUUACUCCGUACUUAUACCACCACCUUUACAUCUCCUUCACCAUUCUUACACAUUUUUAUUUAUCAUGUAACCUACACCUUAAGUAUAUGUUAAUGCUAGGAAUAGUUGCAUACCAUUACCUAAUGCCAUUAACCACCCAACCACGAAA